GCCCGGGGGCGGGAAAGGGGCUUUCCCCGCCAGAGCCCCGGGGCGAGGUAUCUCGGCGGGACGGGUGGAGAGCCGCGGAAACCGAGCCGCUGCCACGGCGAGAGGCCGGCUCAGACCCCUGGCUGGCCGCCUCGAGGGUCGGAGCGCACGUCCACACCCCCGUUCAAAACGCGCGAACCGCCGGUGCCUCAAACUCUAGGAAGCACAAGCAGGGCCGAAGCCGCCAGGCCGGACCCAGCCCAGAGGCAUGGACAGUUGCUACGACCCAGGCCUGGAUGGCCUCGAUGAAUAUGAUGAUUUCAAAUUCAGCCCCUCCUUUGUGGAACCCAAGGAGCCAGCCCCAGAGACGGCUGAUGGCCCCUACCUGGUGAUUGUGGAACAACCUAAGCAGCGUGGCUUUCGAUUUCGGUAUGGCUGUGAAGGUCCCUCCCAUGGAGGCCUGCCGGGUGCCUCCAGCGAGAAGGGCCGGAAGACCUACCCCACUGUCAAGAUCUGUAACUACGAGGGACUGGCCAAGAUUGAGGUGGACCUGGUGACACACAGUGACCCGCCUCGUGCUCACGCCCACAGCCUGGUGGGCAAGCAGUGCUCGGAGCUGGGGGUCUGCGCCGUGUCUGUGGGACCCAAAGACAUGACUGCCCAGUUUAACAACCUGGGCGUCCUGCAUGUAACCAAGAAGAACAUGAUGGAGAUUAUGAUUCAGAAACUUCAGAGACAGCGGCUCCGCUCCAGGCCCCAGGGCCUCACAGAAGCUGAGCGGCGGGAGCUGGAGCAGGAGGCCAAGGAGCUCAAGAAGGUGAUGGAUCUGAGCAUCGUGCGCCUGCGCUUCUCCGCUUUCCUCCGGGCCAGCGACGGCUCCUUCUCCCUGCCCCUGAAGCCGGUCAUCUCCCAGCCCAUCCACGACAGCAAGUCUCCGGGGGCCUCCAACCUGAAGAUUUCUCGAAUGGACAAGACAGCAGGCUCUGUGCGGGGCGGAGAUGAAGUUUAUCUGCUUUGUGACAAGGUGCAGAAAGAUGACAUUGAGGUUCGGUUCUACGAGGAUGACGAGAACGGAUGGCAAGCCUUCGGGGACUUCUCUCCCACAGAUGUUCACAAGCAGUAUGCCAUCGUGUUCCGGACGCCCCCAUACCACAAGAUGAAGAUUGAGCGGCCCGUAACCGUGUUCCUGCAACUGAAGCGCAAGCGCGGGGGAGACGUCUCCGACUCCAAGCAGUUCACCUAUUACCCUCUGGUGGAAGACAAGGAGGAGGUGCAGCGGAAGCGGAGAAAGGCCUUGCCCACCUUCUCCCAGCCCUUCGGGGGUGGCUCCCACCUGGGCGGAGGCUCUGGGGGCUCGGCCGGGGGCUAUGGAGGAGCCGGCGGAGGAGGUGGCAGCCUCGGCUUCUUCCCCUCGUCCUUGGCCUACAGCCCCUACGCGUCGGGCGCGGCGCCCGCGGGCUGCUACCCCGGCGGCGGGGGCGGUGCGCAGAUGGCGGAGGCCGCGGCGGGGACGAGCGCGGCCCCCGGGGCCCCGCAGCGCGAGCCGGAGGCGCCGUCGCCCGCCGAGCGGGAAUAUAGCGCGCGCCUACUGGGCCUGGCGCGGCGCGAGGCCCGCGCGCUGCUGGACUACGGCGUCACGGCGGACCCGCGCGCGCUGCUCGCCGGACAGCGCCACCUGCUGACGGCGCGGGACGAGAACGGGGACACGCCCCUGCACCUGGCCAUCAUCCACGGGCAGGCCGCAGUCACUGAGCAGAUAGCCCACAUCAUCUACCACGCGCCGCACCUCGGCGUCGCCAACCUCACCAACCACCUGCACCAGACGCCCCUGCACCUGGCGGUGAUCACGGGACAGACUCGGGUGGUGAGCUUCCUGCUGCAGGUGGGGGCGGACCCAGCUCUCCUGGACCGGCACGGAGACUCGGCCAUGCACCUGGCGCUGCGGGCAGGUGUGGGGGCCCCAGGUCUCCUGCGCGCACUGCUGCAGAGUGGGGCUCCAGCUUUGCCCCAGCUGCUGCACAUGCCCGACUUUGAGGGACUGUACCCAGUGCACCUGGCAGUGCGCGCACGCAGCCCGGAGUGCCUGGACCUGCUGGUGGACAGCGGGGCCGAAGUGGAGGCUGCGGAGAGGCAGGGUGGCCGGACUGCCCUGCACUUAGCCACGGAGAUGGAGGAGCUGGGGCUGGUCACCCAUCUGGUCACCAAGCUCCACGCCAACGUGAACGCCCGAACCUUUGCUGGAAACACACCCCUACACCUGGCAGCUGGCCUGGGGUCCCCAACCCUCACCCGCCUCCUGCUAAAGGCUGGUGCUGACAUCCAUGCAGAGAACGAGGAGCCCCUGUGUCCGUUGCCCUCCCCACCCACCUCUGGGAGCGACUCGGAUUCUGAGGGUCCCGAGAGGGAAACCAGAGGCAGCUUCCGGGGCCACACACCACUUGACCUCACUCGCAGCACCAAGGUGAAGACCUUGCUGCUCAAUGCUGCUCAGAAUCCCACAGAGCCCCCGCUCACCCCUCCCAGCCCUGCAGAGGCAACUCACAUCUGUGUACCCUCAGGGCCAGGGCUCUCCCUGGGCGAGACCACCCUGCAAAACCUGCAGCAGCUGCUAGAUGGGCCAGAAGCCCAGGGCAGCUGGGCAGAGCUGGCCGAGCGGCUGGGGCUGCGAAGUCUGGUGGACACAUACCGGAAGACCCCCUCACCCAGCAGCAGCCUCCUGCGCAGCUACAAGCUGGCUGGCGGGGACCUGGCGGGGCUGCUGGACGCCCUGUCUGACAUGGGUCUGGACGAGGGGGUGAGGCUGCUGAGAGGGCCCGAGACCCGAGAGAAACUGUCCGGCACAGCCGAAGUGAAGGAAGAUAGCGCCUACGGGAGCCAGUCCAUGGAGCAGGAAGCGGAGACACGGGGCCCGCUCCCCGAGCCUCCUGGAGGCCUCUGCCAUGGGCACCCCCAGCCUCAGGUGCACUGAGCGGGGACCCCCACAGCCCGCCUGGACCCCUGUACAGCAUUCCUACCUGCUCCAAAUCUUAUUUAACACCCACUGCCCACACCUCAGCUGGGGCAAAUAAAGGAUUCUCAGAAAGGGGAGGA